UCUGGAGCCGUUCCCAACGAGAAACAGCCGCCAACUCCUCAGCCCGCGACACGCUCGCCGUUCGCUGCUGGUUCCCAUUUUCGUGACCUCGCUGCCGGUCGGUGCACCUCUGCUCGGGCGCCCAGCAGUCCCGACGAGUCGCCCUCAUCCAUUGCAGCCUCUCGCGAAGGUCUCGUUCAGCCGCUGCUGUCCUUUCUUUCUGGCAAGACGCGUGUAGCCGUCGAGCCCGUG